CGGAGUGACGGUUGCUGCUCCCGUGACGCGAACGAGCCCGCGAUCCCGUCACCGCAACCGGAGGCCGCGCCUGGCAGCAGAGGCCGAGGCAGCCGGGCCCACGUAACCCGGCCAAGCAGAGCAGAGACAGGCUUCACGGUCUGUGUGAAGAUCCAUCCGUGAGCCGGUAUUUCAGGCUGGAAUUUGCAAGGGCUAAGCGGAAAGGGCGUGGACUAACGGGACUGUCUGGAGUGAGCGGGAGUAAUCCGGAGUUAAAAUGCUCACCGGGUGCGACCUGGAGAGAAGUGUCGCAUGAAGCGGGCUGUCUGCAGUCGAGCUCAGGGUUGGGACAAGUCUGCAACGAGGCGCCGCUGGUGAAACGGUGUGAAGCGUGAAGCGAAGUGAUCCGGAGCAGCAACUGGAGACUGCAGCCUCCUGCAUAACAGUAUCUGGAGCGGUGUCCAGAGCUGGUCCAUUUAAGUGUUCUCAUCGGAUACUUGGGAAGCCAUAAACAUGUCUUUCUUUAACUUUCGGAAGAUAUUCAAGAUUGGCGGAGAGAAAAAAAGGAAACAGUUCGAGCAUGUGAAGAAUGACGUGAACCCGGAGGAGAUCUGGGACAUCAUCGGAGAGCUGGGUGAUGGGGCGUUCGGCAAGGUGUUCAAGGCGCAGAACAAACUGACCGGGGUGCUUGCUGCUGCAAAGGUGAUUGAUACGAAGAGCGAGGAAGAGCUGGAAGAUUACAUCGUGGAGAUUGACAUCCUGGCCUCCUGCGAUCACUACCAUAUUGUUAAGCUCCUCGAUGCGUUUUACUAUGAAAACAAGCUGUGGAUCCUGAUUGAGUUCUGCGGUGGAGGGGCAGUUGAUGCCGUCAUGUUGGAGUUGGAGCGGUCCCUGACAGAGCCACAAAUCCGUGUCGUUUGCAAGCACACGCUGGAAGCGUUGAACUACCUGCACGAUAACAGAGUGAUUCACCGCGACCUGAAAGCUGGGAACAUCCUGCUCACCCUGGACGGGGACGUCAAGCUCGCCGACUUUGGGGUCUCGGCAAAAAACAUCAGGACGCUGCAGCGACGGGACACCUUCAUCGGCACCCCGUACUGGAUGGCCCCUGAGGUGGUGAUGUGCGAGACAUCGAAGGACAAGCCUUACGAUUACAAGGCGGACGUGUGGUCGCUGGGCGUCACUCUGAUCGAGAUGGCCCAGAUGGAGCCCCCACACCACGAGCUGAACCCCAUGAGGGUGCUGCUGAAAAUCGCUAAAGCCGACCCUCCCACCCUGGAUCAGCCAUCCCGAUGGUCUCCCGAGUUCAACGACUUCCUGAAGAAGGCAGUGGACAAGAACGUGGAGCAGAGGUGGUCGUGCCAGCAGCUACUGCAGCAUCCCUUUGUAGUGAAUGUUAACAGCAAUAAGCCGGUGAGGGAGCUGAUUGCAGAGGCAAAGGCAGAGGUAACGGAGGAGAUCGAGGAGAGCAAGGAGGAUGAAGAGGAGGAGGACUCGGAAAGUGCGGCGGCCGUGCCAGGGCACAAGCGGGCACCUUCGGACAUCAGCACGGCCAGCUCUGAGGAUGACAAGCUCUCCCAGUCUGCGUCUGUGCUCGAGUCCGUGUCUGAGAAAAUGGAGACGGAGCCCACGGAGGAGAACGCGGACAAGGGCAGCGACAAGCUGUCGGAUGAAGGCAUCGGCACCAGCGAGGGCGAGAGGCCCGACACGGAGCGGGUGACGGAGAAUAAUGCCUCGGAUACCAGCGACGAAGGCGUGCAGGCGGUGGGAGAGACGCCAGAGCCCGAUGCCGCAGAGCCUGCCGCAGCAGAGGACGAGCCCAAGGUUGUGGAGCCCAGAGCUGAGACCCCAGGGGUUGAGAUUGAGGCAGCUGAGGACGUCAGAGGGCCCAAGGAGGAUAGGGACGUGGAGCCAGAGAGAGGUCACGGAACAGAGAGCGGAGAGGAAAAGAAAGUACCUGAGGCGGAGGCACCAGCUGAGGGAGGCGCAGAGGCUGAAGGACGCACUGAUGCAGAGGGAACCACUGAGGGGGUCACUGAGGCAGAGGGGGUCACUGAGGCAGAGGGGGUCACUGAGGCAGAGGGAGCCACUGAACGAGGCACCGAGGUAGUGGCUGAGGGAGGUGCUGACCUAGCCAAGACUGCAGCGGCAGAGCGAGCAGAAGAAGCAGCCAAGGAAGAAGAUGUCAGUGUGAUGGAGGAUGCUAAUGUGGAAGCGAGGGAGAGUGUGAUUGCAACAGGCCCAGAGCUGAGAGCUGGAGACAGGGAGGCGAUUGUGGAUGGUCCAGCUCCCCCAAGUGAAGACGGAGAGCGGGUGAAGGGUGCUGGGGACCCGGGGGUGAUCUCCGACAGGCAGCCUGUGCACGUUGAGGGGGUUGUGCCGGUGGAGACGGUGACUGGGAGUGGCGGGAAAGCAGAGGUUGCCUCAGAGACAGGCGCCAAGGCCCAACCGGAACCCAGCCCGUCCUCGGCGCUGGCUGGGGAGAGCGGAGAGAUAAAUGAGACGCAGACCGCUGGAGGUAGCGGCGUGAAGGAAGCUGAGAGCGCGAGCCAGCGGGAAGCGAAGCCAGCAACCACCUCGGAAACCAGUGACACCAUCGAGGAGACGAAAGGAAAUUUAGAGCCGGUCCCUCCGGCUAAGGGCAAAGAGAAGGAGAGAGACGCGGACUCUGGCAGCGGGUCGAUAGUGGACAGCAGCAGCAGCAUCGACCUGAAUCUGUCCAUCUCCAACUUCCUGACGCGCAAUAAGGAUACGGGGUCCAUAACACUCCAGGAAAUGCGGCAGCAGAAAAAGACCCUGAAGAAAACGCGGAAAUUUAUGGUGGACGGUGUGGAGGUCAGAGUGACGACGUCAAAAAUAGUCACUGACAACGACAAGAACAAUGAGGAAAUGAGGUAUCUCAGGCGCCAGGAGUUGCGGGAGCUGCGGCUGCUGCAGAAGGAGGAGCAGCGCACGCAGCAGCAGCUGAGCAACAAGCUGCAGCAGCAGCGCGAGCACACCUUCCGCCGCUUCGAGCAGGAGAUGACGAGUAAGAAACGUCAGUACGACCAGGAGAUUGAAAACCUGGAGCGGCAGCAGAAGCAGACAAUCGAGCGGCUGGAACAGGACCACACCACCCGGCUGCGGGACGAGGCAAAGAGAAUCAAGUCAGACCAGGAGAAGGAGCUGUCCAAGUUCCAGAGCAUUUUAAAGAAUCGCAAGAAGGAGGUUAAAAAUGAAGUGGAUAAACUUCCCAGAGAACAGAGAAAAGAGCAAAUGAAACGCAUCCGAGAGGAGCUCUCGCAGUCAUUGCAUGUACAGGCCAUCGCCCAGGUUAUGAUACAGUCCUUUCAGUUAUCAUCAUGCACCCUGUCCAAUGCACAGCUUCAGGAUGAGCAGGAGUUCCUGCAGAAGCAGCAGCAGGAGUUGGAUGGAGCGCUGAAGAAGAUCAUUCACCAGCACAAGCUUGAGCUUGCGACCAUCGAACGGGAGUGUCUGAACAACAAGCAGCAGAUGAUGCGAGCAAAGGAGGCGGCGAUCUGGGAGGUGGAGGAGCGGCAUCUCCAGGAGAAGCACCAGCUCCUGAAGCAGCAGCUCAAGGACCAGUACUUCAUGCAGAGGCACCAGCUGCUGAAACGGCACGAGAAGGAAAUGGAACAGAUGCAGAGAUACAACCAACGUCUUAUUGAGGAGCUGAAGAACGGGCAAACCCAGGAGAGAGGCAGGUUGCCCAAAAUCCAACGCGGUGAUGCCAAGACCCGCAUGGCCAUGUUCAAAAAGAGCCUACGCAUUGGCUCCUCGAGUUCACCGGAGCAGGAUCGAGAGAAGAUUAAACAGUUUGCCAGCCAGGAGGAGAAGAGGCAGAAAAACGAGAGGCUGCAGCAGCACCACAAGCACGAGAACCAGAUGCGGGACCUGCAGCUCCAGUGUGACGGCAACAUCCGCGAGUUACAGCAACUGCAGAAUGAGAAGUGUCACCUGCUGAUCGAACACGAGACCCACAAGCUGAAGGAGGUGGAUGAGGAGCACAGUCAGGAGCUGAAGGAAUGGAGGGACAAGCUGCGGCCCCGCAAGAAGGCUCUGGAGGAAGAAUUUGCUCGGAAGCUGCAGGAGCAAGAAGUCUUCUUCAGGAUGAGCGGGGAGUCGGAAUGCCUCAACCCUUCGGCACAGAGCCGUAUCUCCAAGUUCUACCCGGUCCCGAGCCUGCACUCCACAGGGUCCUAGGCACCAGCCCUGCGGUAAUCUUCCAGUGUGACUGUUACAUGUAGUGCUGCUCCAUUAACCCGCAGCAAGACUCUCACUGCCUCUCUACCACCUCGGAGUUGGAAGACAAUCAGCAUGUGACUGUUUGGAUUGAAACCUUUCUAACCUUACGGGCUGCUCGUGUUGACGGGGCCCCCGAUAAAUUGUGUGACUUCAUCCCCUGCCGCUUUGAAAGUCAACAAGCCUGGGGUUGUGUGAUCGUAUCGAAUGGCGCCAUUCCACCCUCUGACACACUCUUCACUGCCCUGUGACCACCGGGGUGAAGCCACUGGGCUGGUCUGGGUCACAGCCACUGUCCGAAGAGGGGGGCAGUACUACAUUGCUGCUCUCUUGCGAUGGGAUACCGGGUGGUGACCCGUCACAGGGCUCACUGUGCAUGUCCACUAGCUUUCAGUCAUCAUCAACAGUUAUCAGUUCAAUCUUCCGUUAACAUUCAGCUCCUGCGUCAUUCUGAGCAAACUAACAGAACCGAGGGCUUUGAGCAUUUCUGACAUUUGUGGGGCAUUUAAUCCAGUCGUGGGCCUGCAGAGGAACCACGGAACGAGGUUCCCCCUGUGACUGGGCACUCAGGCAGUCACCCGUCAGACAGUGGGCAACAGAGUUGCAGGGACAGCCUGAGUAUUAGAGCAGUGGCGGAGCGGGGCUGCAGGACUGACUCGCACGAUCCCUGUUUCCCGUCGCCUUCCCCGUCUCUUUGUGGCUAAGGACGAGCUUCCUGAUGGCAUCAGUGCCUGCGAACAUGUGUGUAGCCUGAUGGCAUCAGUGCCCUCAAACAUACGUGUAGUCUGGCAUCAUUGUCCUCGAACACGCGUGUAGUAUGGCAUCAGUGCUCCCGAACACACGUGUAAUCCGGUGGCAUCAAUGCCCUGAACACGCAUGUAGUCUGAUGACAUCAGUGCCCCCAAACACACAUAGACUGGCAUCAGUGCCUCCGAACAUGCAUGUAGUUUGAUGGCAUCAGUGCCCACAAACACGCAUGUAGUCUGGCAUCAGUGCCCCAGAACAUGUACAAUCUGCCCGACCGUCGGUGAGGACAGGAUCCUUGCAGUUACUGUAAUCAAUUAGUUCUUCGGGAGCAGUCAGGCUCUGAGCUGGGUGCCCUGUGAGGAGGGUGGGGGGUUGAGGCAGGGGUACCGUGCCUAGCGUGAGAUGCCCCCUGCAACUCCGGCAUGUUGUGUGGUACACUGGAGCCAGCCGGGAGCGUCACAAGCACAGAUCUCACUGGACAGUCAGCUUGGUUCACAAGUUUCACUCCACUGCAUUUAGUUAAAGAACCAAACCGUUAUUCAAACAAUCACAACAUUUAACUUGAGGAUCAUUGUUGCAAUUAACUAACUAUCCAUCCCUCCAUUAAACCCAAUGACCAUCUCUGUGCCGUUUAUGGGUCAGUUUGUGCAUCUGGACAUUGCAUGCAGGCGCAGUUUAUUGCCCCCCCCUAACUGCCCUCGUCCGAGGGCUGCCUCUUGUGGUAGAGGGCUCGCGCUGUACUGAGAGGAGGGUGUUUGAGGAUCUUGGAUACAGCCUCUGGUGAGUGAGCGUCCCACAUACCUGCUGCCAUUGUUGCCCUGGCUGCUUGUGGCUUGUGGAGAUUGGCUGAGUAACAGCAGCGCCUGGAUCACAGUGCAUGUUUGACACAGUCACUGUUCGAAUGCUGGACCAUGUGCCAAUCAAUGAACUAAAUCAUCAUCACUACAUUACCAAACUAACAUUACAUUUAGACGUCAUUGAAAUAUUGGACAACCAUCACUACAUUAUUAAAACCAUCACCCUCUUGGGUGGUCAGUGAAAUGAUCAAUCACCCUGAUGGCAUACAGUGAAUGAGGGUAAGGUGCUUUGAAAAUAGUCUGAGUGAUGUGAUGAAGUCCUUCGUCUCAGAACUAAGAAUAAAAUGUUCUGGUCUACUUUUGAUUGGGA